CUCUCCAUGUACAAAGGGACUGGUUUAAGCUCUCGCCGCACUAGAACAGGUAGCCUACAAAUCCCAAAGACCAUUGCGGCUAUUGCGGGAAGCACAACGGCUGUCGUUUGUGCUUAACCCUCCAUCAUGGAAAGUCAGAGUCGCGUCUUCGCGGCGAUAGUACCGGCCGGGCGGGAGCUCUCCGGUAACGAAAAAGAGCAGGGGCUGGAAGUAAGAGCGGUUAGUCGGCAGAGUCCCGGUAAGUGUCUACGGGAGGUCCAGGUGACAGGGACAGCGGAGGUUCGCUGCCAGGCGGACCGAGCAUCGGUGCGGGUCAGCGUGGGCAACAGCAAGGAGUCCGUCAGCGAAGCAACCCACAGCGUUUCACGGCGACUUGGAUACAUUUUACAGGCUCUCAGACAACAUGACAUCAGAGAAGAAAACACUUCAGUAAGGAGGUUUCUCCACCGAGACGCAGACAUGUAUCGGAUGGAUGCAGAGGUCAUAGUGACUUUCUCAGACUUUGAGAAGAUGGAGCGAAUAUGUAGCAUCCUGCUGGAAAAGCUAGACAAGAGCGUUUCUGUGGGGACACCAGAGUUCUACCACAGUGCUGAAUGCCUGAGUCAAAUGAGGCUGCGUGCGUGUGUGUCUGCAGUUGAGAAUGCUCAGCUGAAGGCCAGCAAAGUCAGUCAGCUCCUGGGACAAAGUCUGGGACCCCCUCUGCUGGUUAGAGAGGACGAAACUAAAGAGUGGAGGAACAACGAGGACAACGGUGGUGGGGGGCAGGGGUCUGCAGCCCCUUCUCACUUUCCCAGCUUACCUGCAGUCACUGCUUCCUCGCAGGUGUCCGUCUCCUUCAGCCUCAGAGACACGAGCAGGAAAAUGAGAUGAGAGAUAUAAUGCUUUAAAAAAAGUAGUUUUAAUUCAGCCAACACUUUCUU